CCCGGCUGUGUUGUGCGCCUGCCCGCCCUCUUCGCUGGCUUGCGCGCGCGCACAGGCGCACAGAGACCCGGGAGUCCUCCGCCCGCCCGCCCGCCCGCCCGUCCGUCCCUUCCGUAGUCGGCUGGUAGCUCGCCUAGCCCUGGUGGAUCGGGGGUGCACGAGGGGGAAGGAGCAAGCGGGUGCUGGCUGGGGAUGGGGCUGAGGUGAAUCCUUCCGUUCCUGGAGCUGCUUCGAGAGAGAGGAGGAGGAGGAGGAGGGAAGGAAGGCAAGAGAGGAGGAAAGGAGAGGGGCCCGCGCGCAGGAGGGGCGGUAGCAGCGCUGCCUCUGCCGCUUCCGUCAUCAUGGCUCACUCCCCGGUGCAGCAGCCUGGCCUGCCGGGCAUGCAGAAUCUGAAAGCAGAUCCAGAAGAGCUCUUUACAAAGCUGGAGAAGAUCGGCAAAGGUUCAUUUGGCGAAGUUUUUAAAGGAAUUGACAAUCAAAGUCAGAAAGUUGUUGCUAUAAAAAUUAUUGAUCUUGAAGAAGCCGAAGAUGAAAUAGAAGACAUUCAACAAGAGAUUACAGUGCUGAGUCAGUGCGACAGUCCAUAUGUUACCAAAUACUAUGGAUCUUAUUUAAAGGAUACAAAAUUAUGGAUAAUAAUGGAAUAUCUUGGCGGAGGUUCUGCUCUUGACCUUUUAGAACCAGGGUCUCUUGAUGAAAUCCAGAUUGCUACGAUAUUGAGAGAGAUUCUGAAAGGCCUUGAUUAUUUGCAUUCAGAAAAGAAAAUCCACAGAGAUAUUAAAGCUGCUAAUGUGCUGCUGUCUGAACAAGGAGAAGUCAAACUAGCAGAUUUUGGUGUAGCCGGACAACUAACUGAUACACAAAUAAAGAGAAAUACCUUUGUGGGUACACCGUUUUGGAUGGCACCAGAAGUAAUAAAGCAGUCAGCGUAUGAUUCAAAGGCAGAUAUCUGGUCACUGGGGAUAACAGCCAUAGAGCUUGCGAAAGGUGAGCCUCCACAUUCAGAGCUGCAUCCCAUGAAAGUUCUCUUCCUGAUCCCAAAGAACAACCCACCAACAUUAGAAGGAAACUACAGCAAACCUCUGAAGGAGUUCGUUGAAGCCUGCUUGAACAAGGACCCAAGUUUUAGACCAACGGCAAAAGAACUCCUGAAGCACAAGUUUAUAAUACGGAAUGCAAAGAAAACCUCUUACUUGACAGAUCUCAUCGACAGGCAUAAAAGAUGGAAGUCUGAGCAGAACCAUGAUAACUCCAGCUCUGAAGAUUCAGAUGGGGAAACAGAUGGCCAAGCCUCGGGUGGCAGUGAUUCAGGUGACUGGAUAUUUACAAUCCGAGAGAAAGAUCCCAAGAACCUCGAGAAUGGAGCUACUCAGCUACACGAGUGGGAAAGGAACAAGGAAAAUACCAUUCAAAGGCGUCCUUUAUCUCGGUGCUUAUCAACAAUCAUAUCGCCAUUAUUCACAGAGCUGAAAGAGAGGAGUCAAGCUUGCGGGGGGAACAUGGGAUCCAUAGAAGAACUGAGAGAGGCUAUCUAUUUGGCUGAAGAAGCAUGUCCAGGCAUUUCAGAUACCAUGGUGACAGAGCUCGUGGAGAGACUUCAGAGGUAUUCAGUAACUGGAGGAGGAAGCACAUCAUCCCACUAAAGUAUUGUUUUGUGGCGUUUGCUUGUUCGAUGUGGCUCCUAUAGGCUCCUCCUCAAAUGCUGGUCUGCCGCUGUUGCUUUCAGUGGCGAGCUCUCCAGUAUGUGGACAUUCCUGAAGGUGCAGCAACACAAAUGGACAACAUAGCAAGGGCAUUGUUUUUCAGCUCUGUAUAGUUUUUUUUUAAAGAAAAAACAAUAAUGCACAUAUUCAAAGGAGGUAUCUUUUUAAAUUUCUGAGAUGUAUAUUUAGGAUUGCAGUUAGGAAACUAAAGCUAUUGUGAAAUCUCAGGUAUCUUGCUUUAAGUCAUUGGUCUUCAACUCAACGAUCCAGAUUCAGAAGCGAUUUAUGUCUCAAUCUAAAAGUGGGCGCCCCAAUGGUACGGCCACUGUUUUCUUUCAGGGUCUUAUUUUAACAAAAUGCAUAAGAUUGGGAGAUGAAAUAAUGGGGUUGGGUGGGGACUAAGUGGGUAUCAUAUUUUAGGUUGGGAUUUAAGAUGGAUCUCGGACCUGAACAAGUUGAAGACAACUGCUUUAAGUCGAUGAAUCUGUGAAUUGGAAAACAUACCAUUGGCUCUGUGUACAGAUUUGUAUAUAGUCACUUUUUUUACUCAAAACUUGCUCAAUGUGCAUAUAGAAUCCCUCUGUACAAAUGGCCAAGUUCUCUGUAGAUGAUGCUAGUGAGGUAAAUAUUUUGGCAGGUCACAACUGAUUAUUGGCUUGCCUUUUGUUAUAUAACAUUUUCGAACCGUAUGACAAGAGGUUUGAUUUGACCUUGUAUUUGUAGGUCAAAAAGCUGUGCUAUAAAAAAUCUGGUUUGUACCUCAGAUGCAAAGUUUGCUCUAGUUUUGUUACACGGUGUUAUUCUUUUUAUUAAUCUAGAGUUGGGUUUCUAAUCAUGGUACGACAUUGAUUAUUUCAGUUUCCUGAAUCACUUGGUUUGAGGUUCUCUAAUACUUGUUUGCUUUAGUGGGUUUUUUUUUAUAAAAAAGUCUAAAUUGUGCCAAUCCAAAGUCUGAAUUCAGUUUUAUUAGGGUUUUUGUUUUUUUAAACUUCCUUGUAAAAUCAGAUCAUCUCAUACAACUAAAUUAAUUUUUUUUCUCUUGAAACACCACUUAAGAGAUUCUGGCUGGAUAAUGGCAAUUUGUAAGAUGGUGAUCUUAAAAACAAUAUAAAAUAUAUGAAGCUUAUGUAUAUGAAAACUUUUAAUCAUGAUCAUUGAGAGAUACAUUUGAUUUAACUUGGUAUCCAAGAUCCAUUGUUAAGGGGGAGAAUACUUGAAAUUUCAUCAAUACUUAAAAUAGAUAUUCUCACUGCUGUACUUUAGUUAAAUAUCUGUAUAUUUGCUUGUUACAUCUUUUGUGGUUCAUCUUCUGAACUCGGCCUCUUUUACAAUGGGCAAAAAUCAGUAGAAUGUCAACAUUUUGCCUAUUGGGAAUAUUUUUUUGUAAAUGCUGUAUAAAUAUCUGAUAAGAUAUUCCAUUGACUCUAUUUCUUUUCAAGAAAUUCCUUGAGGUGAAUGGAAUACAUCCGUGCGAAGAUGUAGUUCUCAAGAAUUAUUAAAAGGGGCUAACAAAAGAAAAUAGGUUACUGACAAUGACUUACAUCACAAUCCAACCAUGUCUAGUCGGGAGUAAGUCCUAUUGAUUUCAGUGGGACUUGCUCCUAAGUAAAGGAGGGUAGGCUUGCAGCCUUAGUCAACAUUUUUAAUAUUUCACAGUUCGAGUGAACGUGAAAUCUUUGUUUUAGUCUUCAAUAAUAUUAAACACAUUAAAGUCCAACUCGGAACGUACCCUUUUGAGUCCAACCAUGCCUGAUCACACCUCGAGUGAGAACUUCCUAUGCCAUAUGGACUAAAGAUGAGCCAGGUGUGAAAAUGCAUUUCCAACACAUACCAUAUUCUGCUUGCUGUAAUGGUCUGCUGUAAACUGAUUUUGCCCACCUCCUCCUCCUCUAUAGGGUUGCCCCUAAGGCUCCCUGAAAAGACUUCCCUGAGGGUUGGAGCGCUCUAAUGAUUGCGGUGGGCUGUGACACGAGGCACAGAGGGAAGGGGGGAAUCUUGUAAAACAGAGAGGAGGUAACUUCUGGAAGUAAGACCAGCCUGCCUGAAUCAUAUGAGCAGAGUACUGGUGAAAAAGAGGCAACUUUUAGUCUGAAGAGGGUACCCUGUGGGAAAACUCCUCACACCCACGUGAUCCAUUUUCCAGUCUACAUGGAGACUAAGACCUAACAGCAUUUUCCAAAUGGAGCUUCUAGAAUUUAUUUGUGAACAAUCUGUUACUGUAAGAAAAAUAAUUGCAAUUCACUUUGUUAAGAGUAUUCACAGUUUGAGACUGAGGCAGAAAACUCUUUUGAAGAUUUGGGCAUUGGACUUCAAGAGACACCUUGACCGUGGCCUUUUUCUUUUAAUUGGUAGGUUUUUUUGCGGUACUAUAUUUGCAUAAUUGGGCAGCUCUUAUACAAAGAUGGCUUUUAACAGAGGUGUUUAGUUGAAGACUUGCUGAAAGAUUUAGGGAUUUGCACCCAAUCCUAUGCCUAUUUAUCCAAGUCCCACACUGAAUUCAGUUGGAUUUGCUCCCAAGUAAACAUGCAUAGGAUUACAGAACAAUAAUUUUUGUGGGUGAGGAUGUCCAGUUGUGGUGUCCUGCGUAUGCAAGGGACUGCACUUCAGUGGGGUUCCUCCUUCUCCUCCUAUGCACCUCCAAAAUUUGCUCGCAGGUGGGAGGCUGCAGGAGGGAAACUCCUGUUGCGUUUGAUGUCAUACUCUCACCCUCCUGUUAGAAGAUAAAGCAAAAUUGCAAUUCUCUUCUGGUUAUGAUCAAAUUCGGAUUGUAGUUCCAAAUCACCUCUCAAACUUUGCUAUAUGUUUUUUACUUUGGCCUUUUAAGUUAAUGGGUGUCACGUUUUAAACAAUGUAUUAGAAUUGUGCUCUCUAGGGAAAUGCAAUGUAUGCUUUCUGCAUUUUCGAUGUGUAUGGUGUCAGCAGGGCCAUUGGCUUUAUGCUUCCUGGGGCUGCUGGGAAUUGCACUUCAAAACCUCUAGAGAGCACCAUUAUGGGAAAGGCUGGAGUAGCUAAUACAGCUUUUCGUCCCUUGGCCAGGGGAGGUUUCGGUCUUAAAAUAUUCUUGCUAGUGAGCACCAAACACUUCCACAGUUACUCUAGAAAUUUCCCACUUUUCCAAGAUUUAGUAUAAUUAGGGCGCUAAGUGAGCUGUAAAAACAAACCCAAGUCUUUCGAACAAGAAAGGCUUCCUGUUUGUGUGGGCCGGGUCACUUUUCACAUGUUUCGUUAGAAAUCUGCUUCUCUUGCCGUUGCACUCUUGUAGUUGGGUGUAGGAGGUUAGGUGGCUGUUGUGUUGGUGCACAGAACUUCUGGUGAAAUAGUGAAAGUCUCCUGUUUUCUGAUUAGGUGCCAUGGGCUCUUUGGUUCCCCCAAUAGUUGGUCGUGUUGGGAGUCGCAUCUGGUCUUGUUUUGUUCUUAAUCGUCAUGUAGCGUUUUGUAUUUUUGGUACCUUGCAGCACGGGUGUUUUUGUUAACAUCUUUAGGGGAAGUUCGGAGGUGUAUUCUUCUAGUUGUCCCCUCCACGCAGCACACCCACCUCUGCUUGCUGAUUGGGGCGGGUAAUGUAUGUCUUGGCUUUUCUACAUAAUGAUGAUUAACAUGUUUACCACUUCCGUCACCCGUUUUGAAGAGGAAGGAUCACGGCAGCUGCAGGACUGUAGAUCCUGAGACCUAUUCCUACACCUCACCUUGCUGUAGCCAUUGCAGAAGCAUCUGAAUUGGCCCCAUAUUUUCUUUAUAGACAUUUGCUACUGAAUUGAAGUUGCAAAUGCACAGUGGAAAAAAGAUUGGAAAAAGGAUUGCCCCAUGACACCUGAAAGAUUUGUUGUCAUGGUUUCAUUGGCUAGAGUCCUCUUGAUCAGAUGCACAUAGGAUUAUCAGUUAGCAGAUGCACAUACAUGUAACCAGUGUGCCCAAAUGUAAGAGAUAUCAGGUCUACAAAAGCCCUGGUGGAGGGUCUUGUAUCUGUUUGGAUUCAGCAGACUUUCAUCUGCCUCUCAUGUUUCGGGACCUUUUGGUGCCGCUGAUUACAACUUUUCUUUGGUACUUGUGUGCCUCUAUGACCCUUUAUGCAUCUGAUAAAGUAACACUGCCGUAAUCAAUUUAAAGCAGCAGCGUAGGAUUUAAACUUUUGUAAAUAAGAAAUCCAGAAAUAUUUUGAAACGGAGAACUUUCCACUUCUAAAAACAAGUUGUUCCUUAAAAUUAGUAACAUAAUAAACAGAUACAGAACUAGUUAACUUAUGCAGUAUCAAGAGUUGAAAUUAUUAUUAAUUAUUAUUAUUUUAGGUACGAUCCCUUGGGAGAAUGCAUGCAUAUAUAAUAUAAACACAUAGUUUUUGGGUGUGCAGAAAAUUAGCGUUGACAGGUUUCAGUGCCUUCCCCUAAAACUUAAACCAUGUGAGGUGAUAUAUGCUAUUAAGUCACAAAUAAUUUUUAUUGGAAUAUUUUAUGUAAACCUUUGAAUUUGUUCCGACUAUGACAUUUAAACACAUUUGCUUUAUUGACUCCCCACCCACCCCCACCCAAUAUUUCACUUAAUACUUUGGGCUGUUGGGGGAAAAAAUGCGAUAUUUAUACAGCACAUAAAAUCAUCUCCUUUUACUCAAAAUGUAAAUUAAACAUGCUAAAGCAGAUCUCCAUCAAUUUAGGGCAUCAGAAAGUUCUCUGGAACCCCCCCCCCCGGAAAACCUAAUUGAAAGUCUUCCAGUAAACAUACACAUCACUAAGAACAUAGGACGUUGCCUUAUACUGACUUGGAUCAUUAAGUCUGUCUAGCUCAGUAUUGUCUAUAUCAGGGAUGGGGAGCCUGCAGUCCUCCAGAUGUUUUUGGAACAACAACUCUUAUCACCCCUGACCAAUGGCUCUGCUGGCUGGGGCUUAUACACUUCCAACAACUUCAGGAGGGCCUAAGGUUCCCUCCCCCAGAUUGCAUUGUUCCAGAGGUUGUUUCCCCCCUGCCCUACCUGUAAAUGCCAGGGAUUGAACCUGUGACAUUUGGGCAUGCAAAAACGUGUGCUGUGCCCUACGUGGUCCAGGAGAGCUUACGCCACAAUAAAUCAAUGUGAGAUGUGACAGUACUGUGUUUGCUGCAGCAGGCUUAAGGCAGCUACCCCGUUUGAAGCCGUUUAUCUUCAGUUCACAAGCAAAAGGUACAGUAAACAGACAUUGGACAUCUUUCCGUAUAAAAUCAGUUUUGGUGAGGAAGGCAGACCUUAACAUAUCAGGCCAGGGUGUCUAUUAACCAAGUACAUGCUAAGGAUAUGUUGCAUAUAAUAAGGAGGAAUCACUUGGCUAAGGGAUUUGCCCAGGUGGUUACUGCCGCCCUCAGCAUGUGUUGGAUUCUUUUUACAGGUAAUUAAAAGAAUUUCCUGGCUGGAUCAGAUCAAAACCUAGUCCAAAGCCAUCUGCCUUUAGGAAAUACACAAGCACAGCAAUCUGUUGAUAACUAGCCAUUCUCCUCCUACCCCCCGAGUGUCUGGUAAUUGGGUAUCUAUUGUCUCUGUACAUGGAGGUCUCAUUUUUAGCUAUUGUGAGGAAAUACCCAAUGAAUAGCCCCCUUAUCCUUUUAUCAAAUUCUAUUUUCUUCUGUAAUGCUGUUCUCUAUUUAUAAGCCUGUAUAAAAAUUGCUUAUGGUCACACAUCAAGCUGUUCUUCAACUCCUUGUAUGUUACAUGACACAGAAAUAAAGAAACGCAACAAU